AUCUAUUAAGCUAGCUAUAAUGCCGUAGUAUGAAUGGUUUGUACAGCAAGCUUUCGCCUAUUUGUUGUGUAUAUAGGGACUUUUGUGUAUGGGCUAUUGGCUACUCGAACGGUAUAUAAAUAAUUUGAUAUAUAUAUAAAUUGCCGAUGACCAUCUCUUGAACUUGUUGUAAACAAUACUCUACUUACAUCACUGGAAGUGAAACCAUGGACCUUGUAUACUAUAAGGGCCGUGGUGAAACAAAACCGUACGUAUGAUAUCACGUGACUAUGCAGCCUUUAGUAGCAUUACACCCGCCCCCGUAUCGCUUAAAAACGGCAGGAAAAAUUGGAUGAUAUUCAGUGCUUCAAGAACGACCGAAUUCAGAUCACAGAAAAUAGAUAGUCAGAAAAAAACUUGUAUAAAAAUUAACUAAAAUGGAGUUAAGUGUCGCUUUCACCUUUCUGAUAUUCGUAGGACUAUCUACAGCAGCAAUGUGGGGAUACGAGGACAGUGGUCCCUCUAAAUGGGCGGAGACAUUCCCUACAUGUGGCGACAAGAGUCAAUCACCCAUCAAUAUUGAGGCUUCCGAUUCAACAUUACAAGCUAGCCUUGGAAACAUGACAAUGACUGGAUAUGACACACCAGUUGCCUUGACAAUUAAAAACAACGGACACACUGCCCAAGUUGACGUCACCGGUGAUCAAUAUAUUUCGAAAGGCGGCCUUUCAGAACAAUAUAAACUUGUGCAGUUUCACUUCCAUUGGGGAUCUGAUGACAUGAAAGGUUCCGAACAUCAACUUAAUAGCAAAACCUUUCCCAUGGAAGUUCAUUUCGUCCAUUAUAAAAAUUCUCUAGGAAGUCUAGGAAAUUCUGUAGGUGAAAAAGAUGGUCUGGCGGUUCUUGGAUUCAUGUUUGAGAUUUCAGACAGUGAUAAUGCUAAUUAUGCUGAUCUUAUUUCUAAAUUAUCUAACAUCACAGCAUACAACACUAGCAACCUGGUAAAUUUAACCAACACAGCUCUGAUGAAGUUUAUCCCAAGUAAACCAACCAACUUUUUCCGAUACAGUGGAAGUUUGACAACACCCUCAUGUAAUGAAGUUGUUGUGUGGACAGUUUUUACUGAAACUAUAAAAAUCUCAAAAACCCAGAUGGCGACAUUUCGUUCACUGAUGUCUUCUGAAACCGGUCCCAAAAACGAACAUUAUCACAUAAAGGACAAUUUCCGACCAGUCCAGCCGCUACAUUCAAGAUCAGUCUUUAAUAAUUUCUACUCAAGCUCCGCCACAACAGCAUAUAUUACUGUUUAUACCGGUGUCCUAUCACUCAUUUUAUCCACCAUUCUCUCUCAUUAAAUUCAUCCUAACUCUGUUCUUUUGAUGAAAAACCGGGACAUGUGAUUAAUGUUAAUCGCAAACGGGCUAGUGAGUUGGGGGGGGGGGGGGCUGAUAUUGUUCCGCACGAUUGACUCGUAUCAGGAGUGAACCUUUGCAGUGCAUGAAAAAAUAUUUGAAACAUUCUUGGGCUUAUUUCCCAUGCAGUGUUUAUAUGAUGAAUGAUAGAAGUUAAAAAAAUUAUCAGAAAAUUUUAUUGAAUUCAUUGCAAAUAUGAACUUGGAAAUUUCAGCAUGACAAAAAUUACCAAUGGUCAGUGACAAUUUAACUUGGAGGAUUUGAUUUUUUAAAUAACAAAUUUGAAGUAAAAGCGCAAAAUUUCGAGAUACAAAUGUUACUUACAUUUUGCGAAAAUUCGUUACAAGCUCGUGGAAGUACACCAUGACAUGGUUGUUGUAACAUAUCAACGAUCUAAAUUAAAUAACGUAUCUAUAUAACCCCAUUCAUACUCAUUCUAAAUAAAUCGAAUCAUAUUUGAACGCACGCAUAUCUUUUUUUCAUCUCGAGAACGUUAUGAAUCAUGUCCCCGUUUAUUGAUGUAACACCAAUAUUGAUAUCGAACGUCCACAUUACUUCUGAUAUUAAUUAUAGAUAUAUCGUGAAUGGAGACGUUUAAGGCUUGUUUUUAGCGCAGAUCGUCUUUAGGAUUAUAUAUAGAUCGAGAAAGGAGUGAAUCAAUUCUUUUUUCUUUCUUCCUUGCUACUUUUUAUUGUCAAGUCGACCCAGUUUAUGCACAAUUUGUAAAUAUUUUUUUUUUACUGUGUUGUUGUUCUUGUAUAAAACUUUAUGAGUUAAUGUUAGUACCUAUUUGAGAUAUCGUAACUUUAUGAGUUAAUGUUUGUUAUCAGAUAUCGUAAUUCUAUUUAUCGUAGUAAAACUUUAAAAAAAUGGAUGAAGACAGACUUGUGAUCAAGCAUGUCGUAAACAUGACGAGGCAUUGUAAGUUUAUGGAGUGUCGUAGACUUGCGAAAGGGCUAUCUUGAAGUUAUAUCGUAGACUUAAAAUACGGACCAUCGUAGACUUAAAGGUAAGCUUACAUGGACUUACAGGAAAGCAUAUCCUGGACUUACACAAAAGUCUAUCCUGGACUUACACAAAGGCCUUUUGUAAAUUUUUUGCGUGAUUUUAUCACCGGCAUUUAAAAUAAACAUUUUGAAAAAAAGAAAUUUAUACUGACAUAAUAAUACUCUGAUGUAACUAGCAGAUUUAUUGAUCCAUGACGUCAUUAUAUAUAAUUAUUUACAUUUUUUCACGAUGUUAUCGUGUUCCUCAACAUAAUAUACACAUAUACCAUUGUGGCUUUCAUAAUUAUAUAGACAUUUGUAGAUAUUUAUUCAAAUGUAGAUAUAAUCACUGACGUAAGUGAAUAAUAGCGAGUCAUCAUGCCAUUAUCAUGAAUGAUAAGCAGGGCGUGUGGGGUUCUAAGACCUUGAGAAUUUACAUUAUCAGAUAAAACUGAAUUGAUUAACAAAACAGGCGAUAUAUCUAUAUUCUAGAUCUAUAUUUUGAUUGGGUUACAAUUGAAGUGGUAACAAAUCAUUUACACUUUAUGUAAAUUUUAUCUGAUAUAUGUAAAUCUUUUUGGACCAAGAGCUCUUAAUAUCCCGAAGUUAUUGAUUACUAUUAUAAAAUGUGAAUAUACAUUUUUAUUUUCUAAAUUAUCCCGAGAAUUCAAAAUGUUUCGACAUUAAAUGUCAUUGAUUUAAACUUGAUAUAGGGACCAACUCUCAGUGUUCUGAUUUGCUGAUGAAUGACGAGUAAUAAUAUAUUAAAGGUCAGUGCCAGAUUUCACUCGACACCGUAAACAAGGUGGAUUUAAGUAUGUGAAAUCAAACAUCCAAACUAUUCGUAGCGUUGGUAAACGGGAAUAAGUAACUCAUUUAAAGAAUUUUUUCUUUAAUUCUAUGAGUGACUAGGUAAUCGAGACGAUUGUUAUCGAAGUAGUCACACAGCGUGGAAUUUGGAGACUGGCAUUUUUUGUAUUCCUUAGAAAACGUAUCGUGUAGAGAAGUAGGAUAUUAACAGCCGUUUUGAUUUUAUUUUAUUUCAAGUGUCAGAUAGGUGCACAAUACCAAGAUAUAUUUUUACCAACGGUUUUUUGUCCAAAAAACACAAUUUUGUUUUCACUAAAAUAUAUCUGAGACUGACCAUUUAAUAUAUUAUGCAUUAUUAUAUCAAUGAUGGUACAACUCCGAUACUAAUGUCUAGUAAACAGAAUGCGGUGAGUGUCUGAGUUGACUGUGAUUUUUGAGAUAAGACUGCAAUGGCUACUGUACAUCUUGCUUGUAGGUUUGUUUGGUAAAGUCAUUACUAGAAAAAAAAGAGAGAUAAAAGUUAUAGAAGUGACAAGAUCUUUAUUAAUUUUCUUGCUUUCUAGUCAUUCUUAACACUAGCGUAGAUGUGCGAAUUUCUUAGGCAAUUUGUGCGCGAUUUUCGUUGGUCCACAUAUAGCUUGAAAAGAUCGUCUGGGUGCAACGCCAAUGGACAACCGCUUUUAUCGCCGGCGGUAAGUUGCCAAGUUUGUUAUUCAGUGACCAAAAAUUGCUCGGUGUGUUUUUUAGUACCAUACGAUCUGGGUACAUUUAAUCAUAUUGAUUUAAUGGGUCCAUUCUCUGUUACACAAACACUAUAAAAUUAGAAACCUACACAAAUUUAACCGAUCAUGAGAAUCAAGGCCACAUUGAGGGGUGUCAUGUCAUAAUCAUGAAAUACGUUAAAAUGAAUAAUUUGGAGAUUACGACUCGUUAAUGUCCUAGAAAAAAAUCUUCGUUUUAGUCAGAUUUUAUUUUUUCUAAACUCGGUCUGCUCUUUUAUUAUGAACAAAUUAAUAAAUAAUCUGAUGGUAAAACAUCAAUCUGAUUAAAACAUAAAUCCUGUUUCGUUUCGUUUUUUAUAGUUCAAAAUUUCGUUUUGCUUGUCUUUACUACACUAGGAUCUGGAAGAGUUGUUAUCGUUGACGUGUUCUAGGUGAUGUGAGGGAUUAGCCCAUGAAACGGUCUGUAGGUAAUCCACUAGAAACCUCAAUGCCGAUUGGUUAAUCAAAUGUCUGACGCGACCUCCCAAUACAACUGGUCAGAUCAUCAUGUAGUGUAGGCCAUCGAAAGUAUAAGAAAAACGAAACGAAAUAUAGAUCUGUUUUUUAAUCAGAUAAUCAGGUUGGUAAAACAUAUUAAUAUUACGUACAUUUACACGAUGAUGAGUUAAAGCAUUGUUUAAAAUGCAAAGCCAACCAUGAGUCAAGUUGUAGUCUGAAUGCAUCAAAAGACCCAAGUUAUUCGGGUGAUUUACUCAUUUUUAACUCACAAGAAAAAGAAGUUUGAAAUAUAUUUUUUGUAAUAAAUGUUUUAUUUUCAUGUGUAUUUUAAGAUAUUUUUGCUCAGAGGGAAAUGUUUGUAUUUUGGGGUUUAUAGCAAUAAUGUGUUCGGUGAUAAUUAAUAUUUUAAUAUUAGGGUGAUUUUUGACGAGAUUAUUAAUUAAUUAGUUUAUGUAUAAUUGCGAAAUAUGAGUUAAAUUAUUAUUCUACAUUUUCAGUGUUUUAAUAUGUUCAUUGUAUGAUUCUCACACGAUAUAAUAAAAAAUAAAUAAAUCUAUUAUAAUUUG